GGAUCUAAUUAUAUUUCAUUAGAAACAUAUCGUUUACAUGGCCAGUGUUCUCGUCGACAUUAUCGAUUUGAUCUUUGCCAAUACAUAUUGAUUCUUGCUUCAAAACUUAGAUCCGCUAGCUAAAGGCUCCAGAUUCACUUCUAGCUUUCUAGCCUACCCUAACAACUCUUCCAAAAUUAAUCACCUUCAACUCCUCCUCAACCCUCACAUCCACCAUUCCAACAUUAAAUAACUUCCCUCGAUUUCAUUCGUGCUGUUGCUGUGCCUUCAGCUUCUAUCAACACAUCUUAAUUGAAAGUUCUCGCACUUGCAAUCCCGUUGCAAUUUAUCUUCGGCUUGCAUUCAUCACCGCCUGCACACCUCAAGAUGCCUACCAAGAAGAAGAAGAAUGUUACUCGGCUGUCUAACCCAACAAGACUUCCCUAUGCCGUAUCCAAGAGAAAGAAGGAUGAAUCGUUUGAAAUUUCUCGAUCCAAGCGAGCCAAGGCCUAUUUAGAAAUCUCGGAAAGCGACGAGUCCUCCUGGGUAGAAAACGAAGCUGAUGAUGACAACAAGUCUUCCCAGAUCGACGCACUCGAUAGUAGUUUGACUACAUGGAGUGAUGAGGAUGAUGAUGACUCCGAUACUGGAUCGGUUAUUGUCGUUGACUCGAGACCUCUUGCAGUGGAAGCAAAAGGUGAAGAAGGAGCUGCUGCAACAGUUGCUGCUCCAAAUUCUAACCUGGAUAAAUUAUUCAAGGGAGUUAUCCCAACAGAGGUGCACCAAAAUAUCGCCAAGUUUCUGCCCCACGAUCGAGACAUCGUACGAUAUUCUCAAAUCUGUCGAGGCACUCGCAGUGCUAUGUCGGAUAGUGUCUGGCGUUAUCGAUUUCUGGAGAGAUUUGAUGCGGUACCUGAUGCGCCUGUAGAAAUUUUGAGAGAGAAGUAUCAAGUCAGACACAGGACCACAAAACUUUACACCAAGUUCGACUUCAACAAGUACAGGUACCUUUGCAGUGCAGACAUUGCACGAAUUGAAAGGGCGCAAGAAAGGGUCCUUGAUAUGCUCCAAAACCUUAUCAUUGAAUCCGAUGCCCACAAAGGUUAUGACGACAACGGCGAUGAGAAGAUUGUAAGUCGCAACAUCGAUUAUAUUAGACAAUACGUUGAAGGAUCCUUCGUGUCGGGCACAACUCAUGCUGGAGACAUAAUUGAUAUCGUUGAUUCCAUCGCGAAGACUCAUAAUGAUUGGAACCUGAAAUCUAUUUGUUCCGUCGAUAGUAAUGUCAACACCCGGGUGUUGUUGAUUCAACUAUGCUUGACGUCCAUUUCUUGGGACCCAAGAUAUUGCACAAAUACAACCUCUCAAUUCGACUUGUCUCAAUUGGAGGUCUAUGCGCCACCAGAGAGACAACCAUUGUUUCUUGGAAAGUGGAAGGAUGACCUCAACGUCCGUUGGUGUUUACAUGUGGCGAAUUUCUUCAAGUUCCACCUCAAAGCUCAAAAGGGUGAAGGACUUCUCGCUCAUGCCUAUGCCGAAUUGGAACAAAGCCAAUUACCACAACCAUGGUUGGGUCGAUUGAAGUCGGGAACACAAAAGCUAGGAAGCCAUUGGAAAGGAGCAUAUUUUUAUGUCAAUACUGAUGAAUUGGCGAGAAUGAGACAAGCUGGAGAAGAUACUGAUGAUGGCCCUUACUCGGAUGAACUAGAUGGUGGGGAGUCAUUCCAGGAUAUAUCUCUAUUUUUCGACGAUCGAGUUUUCGGAAAGCAACAUUGGCCCAAGUCAUGGGAAAAUGUCCUUCAUAGUGAUCCAUUUUCCAAUGCUGAUCCUGAACACUCCCAUCAAAGUCGUGGUUCGAGACGUGCUACUCGAUCGAAAAAGAACAUCAAGAAGCCAAAAGAGAACCCUAACCCAGGCGUGGAAUAUUUUUACGGUUCUUCACAUGACUCUUCUUCAACUGCCCAUUUCUAUGGAGCUGUACAUGGCAUCCCCCCACAACAUGGGAUUCCUGGCUUUCAAAGAAUCACCAUCAUGAAGUUUUUCCCAGAUCAUAAUGGAUUUUAUGAUCCAGAACAGUCCUGGGGCUAUGAAGGUUGUGUCCUACCUGGCGGUCGCAUUAUUGUUGGUCGAUGGUUCGAUGCCCAAUCUCGUUCUUCUAGGGACGUGAUGUCAGGACCAUUCGUUUUCUGGAAUACAGAUGAGAGUGAUGCACCAGAGCCCAUCGAUGGCAAGGAAGCGUUGAAGUUUUUCGAACUCUUGAAACGCGACAACCAUUGUUAACUUGUGCUCUUUCUGGCUAACCACAUUUUAUCUACUAAUUUGCCACGAGUUUUCAGAGCCGGUCAUAUUUAACAUGGUAAAUUGGGGAUCAAUUUCCUCAAUAUAAGACUACCAAUUAGAGAUUCUUACGAUGUAUCGAUCCAAGAUCAUGAGCGUAUUUUCAAAGCAUCAGCAUAGCAGCAACAAGCAUACCGUUCUAAUGUACCCGACACAGCAGUUGGCGACAAGCAUUGAAAUAUAGAGCCAUAACGCAACUCAGUUACUUCAUUUCAUUUUAACAAAUAGUAUUAUUUUGGACCAACAAUAUGAUUUUUUUCAUAAUUAACAGCGAACCUCGGGCAUCGUUUACACAUUUUUUUUUCGCUUCAAUUUGCACAUAUUUUACCAACUUUCGACAUUCUUUUCAGACAGAUAUUCUUCGACAUACUUUCGGUAUUCUCUUUUCGCACUUUUUGGGGCACAAAUCUCUUUCCUUCUUUCAACUCUCUUAUUGAUGGUUUUCUCUGGUGGUAGUAGGGAGGCUAUGUGGGUAGACUGGUAUGCAAAAGGGAGGGAGUUUCAUUUGAGGGAUUGGAAUUGGAAUUGGGGUGUUGGAUGGAUAUAAAUGGAUCUGCAUCGUGGAUAUACUCCCUUUUUUUUUCACAAUCUGGCGUUGAAAAUGGGGUGGUAUCCUUCGAAUAUAUGGGUUUCUGCUUUCAAGGUCCGCGUUUGUAUUCGCAUCUGCAUUUUGUCUUUUGUGUUGGUGGUGGAGGUGGAAGACAGCAAGACUUGGUAACGGUUGAAUGCAAAUGAGAUCGAGACCUAGACUUAGAUCCAUCUAAUUCAAAGUAUGCAUGUAUGCACGCGGGCGGGCAUUGGUCAGCGUGCGAUGUACUUUCCUUUGGUUUCGUUUCCUUUCUAGAAAAUCUUUAUGAAUUGCA